AGGGAGCAAGGGCCUGGGCGGAGCUCCCCAGUGAGGCGAGGCCGAGCGCCGCGUCGGGCAGGGCGGGAAGGGAUUAAGUGGAGGACCAGCGCCCUGAGGCGGGGGAGGGGCGCCGGGAGCUUCCGGGAGAGGCCUGCGCAUUUCCGGGCAAGAUGGCGGCGCCCAGUAGAGUCAGGUGCGGGCGACUCUGUCUUUACUAGCGGCGGCGACUCGAGGCCCUCGGAGACCGCUGCAGCCGGCCGCUCGGGACGCCAGAGCCCCCUCUGCGGCGGCCACCGUCCACUCCCAAUCGCCCUUCCCUGCUUCGCGAACCACCCAUGGCGGACAAAGGCCCGGGGGGCAGCCGCCUGCCCCUGGCGCUGCCCGCAGCCCCCCAGGGCUCCUCGUCUGGCGGCGGCGGCGCCUCCACCGGGGGCUCCGGCCACCCCCCGCCCCCGCGCAACCUCCAAGGCCUGCUGCAGAUGGCCAUCACCGCGGGCUCUGAGGAACCAGACCCCCCUCCGGAACCCAUGAGCGAGGAGGUGAGCGCGGGCCGCCAGCUGCGGCGAGGCCGCGGGGCAGAGGUGGCUGGGAAGGGGCCGUGGCCGCUGCAGCUGGGGCUUGCGGGUGCGGCAGAGGGCCGACUCCAUGGGGAGGCUUCCAGGCUGUGUUGUGCGAGAGGGGGUGCAGGUCACGUCCCGCAGGCUCCAGCGCUGUGGCAGGAAGGGCGAGGACCUCGCAGGCCAGGACACACCUGGCUCCAGCCGCCUCCUGGCUGUGUGACCUUGGGUGGCCACGCACCACACCGCUCUGGGCUGCAAGCUAGUCCUUAUGACAGCCGGGCGGGUGGGGCGGUGGUGAGGACGGACGACCCCGUGCCCUGCCCACCCCCAGGCCUGGUCCGGGAGCAGGAGGCGGGGCUGCUGCAGUUCCUGCGCCUGGACGGCUUCUCGGUGCUGAUGCGCGCCAUGCAGCAGCAGGUGCAGAAGCUCAAGGUCAAGUCGGCCUUCCUGCUGCAGAACCUGCUGCUGGGCCACCCCGAGCACAAAGGGACCCUGUGCUCCAUGGGCAUGGUGCAGCAGCUGGUGGCCCUGGUGCGGACGGAGCACAGCGCCUUCCACGAGCACGUGCUGGGCGCCCUGUGCAGGUGUGUGGACGGGCUGUUUCAGAGUCGGAGGCCUCGGGCCUGGUGGGAGCCCUGCCCGCCCCCAGGGAGCAUGCUUCUGGGCGUGGUGGGCGCUGGGGUGCGCGUGCCCUGA